AUGAUCAGGUUAUACGGACACUUCACCAUACAAGGAUGGGUCAAGGGCAGUGUGACCGAGCAAGAUUUGUGUGAAAGGGCACCUGCAACCUGCAAGUUGGGUCCCAAGGUCAUGCGGACCACCUUAGAACACCUUCAAGCAAUGGGAACCAGAAAGAGAAAUUUAUGGGCUGAUAACAUAAGCUUAAAAAAUGGGCCUGAUGAUGGCUGUAGCACUGUGGACCCAGCAUCUUAA